AUGAAAAAUCAAACAUCUGUGAUAGAGUUCAUUCUUCUGGGAUUAACAGAUGACCCCACACUAAAUAUUUUGAUAUUUCUAUUUCUAUUUCUCGCUUAUAUGCUGAGUAUUACUGGAAAUCUGACUAUUAUAACCCUCACACUGAUAGACUCACACCUCAAAACACCCAUGUACUUCUUCCUUAGGAACUUCUCCUUCCUAGAGAUCUCAUUCACAACAGUUUGUAUUCCUAGAUUCCUAGUCAGCAUUGCCACUGGGGAUUUGACCAUUUCCUAUAACUCUUGUAUGGCUCAGGUGUUUUUCUUAUUACUCCUUGGUUCAACAGAAUUCUUCCUUUUGACAGCCAUGUCCUAUGAUCGUUACGUAGCCAUCUGUAAGCCCUUGCACUAUACAACAAUAAUGAGCAGCAAGGUAUGCAUCCAGCUUGUAAUUAGCUCCUGGCUUGCUGGGUUUCUCAUUAUCUUCCCACCAAUCAUCAUGGGGCUUCAGUUGGAUUUCUGUGACUCCAACAUCAUUGACCACUUCACCUGUGACUCUUCUCCUAUGCUGCUGAUCGCCUGCACAGAUACAACCUUCCUGGAACUCCUGGCAUUUUUCCUGGCAGUAUUCACCCUCAUGAUGACCUUAAUACUAGUGGUCCUUUCCUAUGCCUUCAUCCUCAGGACAAUUCUGAGAAUCCCUUCUGCUGAGCAGAGGAAAAAGGCCUUUUCCACUUGUUCCUCACACAUGAUUGUUGUCUCCAUUUCUUAUGGAAGCUGUAUUUUCAUGUAUGUCAAAACUUCAGCAAAGGAGGGAGUGGCUUUGAGCAAGGGCAUAGCAGUGCUCAAUACCUCCGUUGCCCCAAUGCUAAAUCCUUUCAUUUACUCCCUGAGGAACCAGCAGGUAAAGCAAUCCUUUAGCGGUGUAAUCCACACUGUGUUUAAUAUUUCACACUUUAAAUCUCUAAAUUACCAUGCUAUGUACGACUGA